AUGGUUGUGAUCUGGUGCCAGAGAUCACCCCACCCGGGAAACCUACUGGAUAAGGAUGUGCGUGAGCGUAUAGCAGUGGAAUAUUUAUUGGCCCAGACCAACAGAGGUGACCUGCUGGCUCCAUCACAGGUCUCCGAAAUCCCCUCGCAGGUGCUUGAGGAGGAGGAGGAUGAACCAGAUGACACCAUCAGCAUGCCUGACAUUGUCUGCCAUUCAGCUGAGAUAGGGGCUGGUGAUCCUCCAAGUGCUGUGGAGGGUGACACUGAACCCGGACCCCUCAUCACAGAGUCAGCUGAGAUAGGGGCUGGUGAUCCUCCAAGUGCUGUGGAGGGUGACACUGAACCCGGACCCCUCAUCACAAAGAACAGCCAAUGUGACUCGAGGGGCGUUGUGGGAUGGGAGGCAGUUGAUGCCCUUGCAGCCUACCUAGUUGACUUGAAUCGCACCAUCACCGCCUUGUCAGCCAAGGAGGCGGCGUACAUAGUCAACCUGUACACAGCUCUCCAUGCCAUGGACAAAAAACCUUUAAGGUACACCCAGAAGGCUAAGAAAAAAGCACAUGCAUCAGGAGGACCAUGGAGAGCACCCAGGAAGCCGAGUGGCUCUGCUCCUGGACAGCAGGCGGCAGAGAGACUAUACAUGAUUCACGGCCAAGCAGCCCAGGACCCCGGAAUACAUAGGGUCAGUGACUGUGUUUGCCUCAGACUUGCAAAAGAGUUUGAGCAGUCAUGCAACAGGCCAAAGGACGCAAAGGGGAAAACCAUGCCCAUCCCUCAGUCCAUUGUCAGCGUCUACAGCCACAUCAAACAGCUGCUGGAGGACAGCAUGGUUGUCCUGAACCAGACGAACCUGAGUCUGGUGCCGGUUAACAACACCACAGUAUCUUCAUGUAUAUGA